UUUGUGACGUGCCUUUGUGAUGUGCCCUUGGUCACACCCCAGGGCACUGUAUAAAAGUCAGCAGGCCACAUCCUUCGUGCCAGUGUCCGGCAGGACGGUGACGGGACAGAGCGGGAGCGAGAGACUGGCGCAGACCCCUGAGCGCAGCCCACGUUGUUCCCCACUGCCCCAGCAGCCCCGCAGUGCCGAGACACUUCUCUCAACCCUACUCGUUCCUCACCCCUAUCCUUUUGUCCGGCAAGGAUGGAAGAGGAACGCACUGCACACAUGCGGUUUAUCCAGACUUUCCUGCAGAGCUCAGAGCAGGUAACCGCAGCCGUUUCCAGGCUAGCAGUGCCCGUGUCUCCUGAUGGGGCCACUGGCUCUGCUGCCAGGCUGCUGGCUGGGCAGAGCUGCUCCCCCGGGUCUCCUGCACAGCACUGCAGCCCCACUGCUCCAGUCCCGCUGGCCACGUGCCCCCCUUCUCACGCUGCCUGUUUGUGUCUCUGCCCCCCGGCUGCCCAGGAGGAGGCUCAGAAGGUGAAAUUCCUGCAGGCCGUCUCCAGCCUCUGCACAGCUCCCAGGGACCAGGGCUUCUUAGAGGAAGUAAAGGAGUUCUGUGAGCAGUGUCAGGUGGUAGAGAACAUCAAGGCGCUGGUGGAAGAGGAGCCCAUGGGCCACCUGCACACAGCGGUGCGGCAGGAAGCCAUGCUGACCCUCGCCCAGAUGAGCAAAGUGGAGAUGCUAUUGGAGAGCAAGAAGAAAAGCCUUUUGCAGUCCUGUUUUAGGACGGUCUUCUUGCUUCCCCCCAUCACUGCUAGGCAGGGCCAAGACAUCUUUCUCUACUUUAAGGUAAGCGCUGUUGGGCUGCCAGGAGCACUCAGAGCUGCUCCCUGGCUGGCAAGUGCUGAACCACAACCAGCGAUCCACGGCACGAUAGGGUCUCGGCUUUACUUUCCCACCCUUGUCCCUUCAUCUCCUUCUCGUGGGCCUUGCCAUGUCCAGUGCCUCUGGACUGGCUCCUCUGCCCACUGCAACUUGUCUGCUUCAAGGUGUCCCUUGGGUGGCAGGGGUGCCCUCCCCAUGGCGUGGGGGGUUAGAUCCAUCCCCGGGGAGAGAGGGACUGCAGAAAGACUGACGUGACCGUUUUCCUCCUUGCAGACCCUGGAUGCCAUGGACGUCCUGCUGGAGAGCUUGGUGCUCAGCUCCCCGGGCUCCAGGGACCUGCGGAGAAUCUUGGAGG